UCUGUGAUGGGAGCAGCCAACCGUGCGCUCAGAUGUUCAGAGAGAGAAAAAAAAGAAGAUAUAGUGGGCCGGCCGCUGGAGGAAAGUGUGCGUGAGGGAGUAUUGUAAUUCCCCGGGAGUGAAGGGCAGGGCACGCGAGCACAGUCAGUUUAUUGUUCGGGUCCGGUAACCUGGCAUUUAACCGGUGCAUUUCAGGGAUUUCCCCACCAACAGUCUUUACUCGCAUCUCAUGGGCUCGGAAAUAUUGUGCCCUUGAAAUCCAUUUGUAACUGUCUAUAAUGUUCAAGAAGAGCAAGAGCAAAGUUCUGGUGGAUGAAGCGUCAGAGGAGGACGACGUGUCGUGGCAUCAUGGGCACGCCAGAAAGGAUAAAGACUCUGAGGGAACAAAGGAAGUUCUGAGCCCCUCAGCAAAGGAUUCUAAGUUAAAGAAGGUUAAAUCAAAGCGAGAAAAAGGAGACAAGAAGUUGUUUCCUUCUCAAGAUGAUGAAGAGAUCUUGCUAACAGGAGUCACUGUCUCUCACAGAAGAGGGUCUGCUAAGAAAAGCUGGGAGGACGAAAAGAGUAAACCGCACUCAGAAAAAGACAAAGUGCACUGUCUGUGGGACAGCAUCACCAUGACGAUGAAGCAAAUCACACCUACAAGGAAGAUCGAUAAAAUUGAGGGCUGGGAACCUCCUCAGCUAAACGACAAAACACAGGAGGAAAAGAGUGAGUUGGAGAGAAAAAAAAGCGACUCCUCGCCUCUUUCCUCCCCUCUGUCUCUGUCUUUACCACAAUCUCUGGGUUUGCCAUCCUGGGUCGGGUUGGGUUUGGAGGAGGACUCAUCUCGCUAUGCUAGUCUGACUGAGUCACAGACGGGAGGCCCCGCCCAGUGGGCAGCUCGCGCCCGUGACAAAUUGGCCGCCGUCCGUCGCCGAAGUCCAGCCAGCUUAUCAGAGAUUUCAUGGGAGGGGCUUAAGUGAUUGAAUUAUUGGGCAUCCCUCAUUGAAUGGAAGUAAUGUGUUUGUGAAGAUAGCCCCCCCCCCACUGCCCACCGAUGUGAAGAAGAUGAAGAGUAGGACCCUCAGACCAAGAGUGCCUGCUUUUAAGAGCCCGAAUGAUUAACCUUCAUUUUUCCAUUUCAAUGAAGCUCCUUCAAUUGUAUGUACUACAGCCUUUAUCGCACAAUUGCACCCUAUUGGUGACCAAUGGUAUUGACCAAUGACCACGAUCUAUUAUAGAUUAUUUUUAAAUGACAGCUUUGGUCUUUGGACACAUAAAUCCACAUUUUAUUCCAGCAGCCAAUUAGCCUUAUCACUUCAGUAAAAUGCCAUUUCAAGUGCCAAUAUUUUAGGCCGCACUACACACAGUCACAGUCAGAGGGCGUAUUGUGUCUCAAUCGCCAUUAUAACGCUUGAUGCAUAUUUUUGGUUUGUAUAUAAAUAUUUUAAGCCUCAGAUGUUAUGUAUGUUAAUUUAUUCUGGUAUGUUGUUAAUGAGUGAAUGUGAAAUUAUGUAGAAAUGCCUUUCACUAUCUUAAAGGAAUGUUUCAGGUUCAAAACAAGUUAAGCUCAAUCAACAGCAUUUGUAGCAUGCUGUUGAAUAAUACCACAUAAAAUAAUUUCGACUCAUCCCUUGUUUAUUAAAAAAAAUUGCAGACUGUUAUUCUAUGAACAUGCGCUAGAUGGACAGCUUUCGUUGUCCCCGUGUUUAUAUCACCGUUUCAAAAAGCUCCUCCCUCGAACAUGGAUGGGGGAGAAUAUGGUGGUGGACUUUGCGAAUGGGGACCCCUGGGAAUUUUGGGCCCCUGGGCUUCAGCCCAUGCAUUAAUGUGCCCCUGGUGAAUAGGGCAAGUCCAUUAACAUACACUGUUUCCAAAGUAAAGCAACAAGACCUAAACAUUACACAUUAGCAUGAUUUUAGUUAUGUAGUCAUGGCAAUGAAGUUGUAAUAUUGGAUAAACUGUAACUUUACACAGAUAAGUUUAGUAAGCCAUUUUAACACACUAAAAUCAUGUUAACACAUAUAUGCUAAUGUUUACAUCUUGUGGCCAUACCUUUAAGACUGCAUGUAUUUUAGUGUUUAUUGAAUGGCUCCCAUUCACUUCCAUUGUAAGCAACUUCAAGAAACCACUUUUUUUGCUUUAUAAAAACGAGGAAAAUCGAAAUUAUUUUUUUGUGGUAAUGAACAUUGUUUGAGCUCAACUUGUAUUGAUCCCAGAACAUUCCUUUAACUGUGAUUAGAGUAUACAUGUACAGUCACCACUGCCUGCUGAUUCAGUGCAAGUGCUGUCACAAUCAUUAUCUGUCACAAUCAUAAUGUACUGUAAUUAUUCUAUGCAAUAGUCUCCUUGCUAUAAUCACAAACACUUGCAACACUAGAAAAAAACGACAAUCACCAUUUACUAAAAUUGAAUAUAUUUUAUAUAUAAAUCUUUGGCUAAAUGCCAUUAAAUUGCAUAUUAAAUAUUUGGAUUUAUAAGUGCCUUAUUGCUGAUUUUUAGAGAUUAUUUAUAAUCAGAUUUUGAGUGAGUAACUGGGAUUGCUUCAUUGUUGUCAUAGCAUUGUUAAAUUUGUACUUGUCCACAAAUAUGUUUAACUUUGAGAAGUGAUUACAUAUUCUUAGUUUAAGAUUUUAGCUUUUUCCAUUUGGGGCUUUGCAAGAGUGUUUCUUAUAUUUUGAUUUUAUUAUACUACUACUGAGUGAUUUUUCACUGUAUCAAGAUUUUAUCACAGAUCACAGAGAGUAAGCUGUUAUGAUUUUAGGGGGCGUAGAUUAGUUCCCCUUGUGAACCUGAAUAAAAAGAGCUACACCUAAAACUCACUCCUUGAUGGGGUUUUUUUUCCCCUGCACAUAUUGUUGGUAAAAUAACCUGUUAAGAAAUGUAUUAAUAUUUGCUAACAAUUGUUUACAGUAAGUCUUAAAAUUACUUGAACUCUGUAAAGCAACCAUAAAGGUUUUGUAGGCGAUGUUAGUCUAAUGUUGGGCAUUCGUUAUUAUGAUAUGUCAUGCAUUCAAGUUGGAAACAAAAUAAUGCUACAAAUA